AUUCUGAAAUCGAGAUACUAAAAUCAUAAAAAUGAGCGAAAGCGAUGACGAAGAGGUACAGGUAGGGUCGAAAGAUAAAUCGCGUAAAUCUAAGCGAAAAUCUUCGAAACAUGUAGUAAACAAUUUAAUGCAUUCAUUGGGGAGCCAUAUACCCAAAAAAGGCAACAAGUCUAAGACGCAAAAUCGUAGGAUUCCUGAGGAGGAGGAUGAUGACGACUCUGAAGUUGAGAUGCUUAGUAUAUCAUCCGAGGAUGAAGAUUCAGGUAUUGCUCAAAAGGCAGGGGCCAAGAAGGGGAGUGGUACCAGUGGAGGUGGUGGUAAGGAUGAUGAUACGCUUUGGGAAGGAGGAGAGCCUACUAAAUGGAAGCAAGUCAAUGAAUCUGAGCUUGCUCGAAGGGUCCGUGAGAUGAGGGAGUCAAAAGCAGCUCCAGUACCUCAAAAGCUUGAGAGGAAACAAACAGCUGCUGCAAAGGGGCUCAACAAUUUACAGUCUUUGCCACGUGGCAUGGAGUGCAUUGAUCCUCUAGGACUGGGGAUUAUAGACAACAGAACUUUGAGGCUGAUUGAUGAACGCUCAUUAAGUUCACCAUCCAAGUCUGAAAAAGUGGAUUCGGAUCUUCGAGAGAGAUUGAUGUUUUUCUCUGAGAGGUUUGAUCCAAAAUUAUUUAUAACUCGCAUACACCAGUUUACUGCUGCAGCAGACUUGGAGGCGGGUGCUUUGGCUCUGAAAACUGACCUAAUAGGAAGGACUCAACAGAGAAAACAGUUAGUUAAAGAAAAUUUUGAUUGCUUCGUCUCUUGCAAAACUACUAUAGAUGAUAUCGAGUCUAAACUACAAAUGAUAGAAGAUGAUCCUGAAGGUUGUGGAACCGCUCAUUUAAAUACUUGUAUCCAAGGAGUUAAUUCAUUGGCUAAUCGUGCUUUUGAACCCCUACUUGAAAGACAGGCUCAAGCGGAGAAGAUCAGGGCAGUCCAAGGAGUGCUUCAGAGGUUCCGUACCUUAUUCAAUUUGCCGAGUGCCAUCCGCGGGAACAUUAGCAAGGGAGAAUAUGACUUGGCAGUCAGAGAAUACAGGAAAGCAAAGUCCAUUGUCCUCCCUUCUCAUGGUGGAAUGCUAAAACGUGUCCUUGAGGAGGUUGAAAAGGUGAUACAUGAGUUUAAAGGCAUGCUUUACCAGUCGAUGGAAGAUCCACAGAUAGAUCUAACAAAUCUUGAGAAUGUUGUGAGGCUUCUGUUGGAGUUGGAACCUGAGUCAGAUCCUGUGCGGCGUUAUUUUAGCAUACAGAAUCGUAGGAUUCGAUGUCUGCUUGAGAAGUGCACAUCAGAUCAUGAAUCAAGGAUGGAAACCUUGCAAAAUAAGCUACAUGAGAAAGCAUUGUCAGAUGAAAAGUGGAAGAAAAUCCAGCAAGACUUACACGAAUCUGUGAGCAAUGCAGAUGUUGAUUGCUCCCUCCGAUAUCCAAGCAACUUGUUCGUAGAUACACAAACAAGUGAUUCAGGUUCUGAUGAACUUGACGCUCUUAGAGGAAGGUAUAUACGAAGAUUAACAGCUGUACUUAUCCAUCAUAUACCCUCCUUUUGGAAAGUGGCCCUUUCUGUUUCAAGUGGAAAAUUUGCAAAGGUUUCUGAGCAAAAUAUUAGUACACCUGCAAAUAUGACUGAAGAAAAAGCAGGCCAUCCUCUUGAAGUUGCUUCUGGAAUGAUACACAAUACAAUAUCAGCGUAUGAAUCCAAGGUCCAGAACUCGUUUCAUGAUCUUGAAGAGUCGAAUGUUCUUUUCCCAUAUAUGAGUGAUGCAAUAAUGGAUAUAUCUAAAGCAUGUCAAGCUUUUGAAGCAAAAGAAGCAGCACCAACAAUUGCAGUGGAAGCUCUGCGGGCACUUCUUUUUGGAAGCACAAAAAUUUAUAUACUAAGGCUAUGUUCAUGGAUGAGAACUUCAAUUGAAGAAAUAUCAAAACAUGAAUCUUGGGUCCCGGUGACUGUUCUAGAAAGGAACAAAUCUCCAUAUGCUAUUUCUUUCUUACCAUUAGCGUUUCGUUCAGUUAUGGUGUCGGCAAUGGAUCAGAUUGAUAUGAUGAUGAAGUAUUUAAGAAGUGAAGCCACGUCAGAAGACACCCUUAUGCUGCUUCAAGAAGCUCAAGAAUCUGUUCGGCUUUCAUUUUUUAAUUGUCUACUUGGUUUUGCUGGCCACAUGGAGGAUAUUGGAGGCGAGCUUGGUCAGAAUAUAUCAAACCCUCCCUUUCAAAAUGGAUAUCCUCCUGUUGUAGAAGAAAAUUCUUUACAUCAUCGCCCAGGAUGCAUCACUGAUCCACACCAAAAACUGUUGAUGGUUUUGAGUAAUAUUGGAUUUGCCAAAGAUGAUCUUUUUCAUGAAAUGUACAAUAAAUACAAACACGUAUGGCUGCAGGCAAGGGGAAGAGAAGAUGACGACGAUGACAGAGAAGAAUUGGUCGUGUCUUUCUCUGUGCUUGAAGAGAAAGUCCUUUCGAAAUACACAUUUGCAAAGGCAAAUUAUGUGAGAACAGCUGCUACAAAUUAUUUGUUAGAUGCCGGAUUACAAUGGGGAGGAGCACCAGCAGUAAAAGGCGUGCGGGACCCUGCUGUGGAAUUAAUGCAUACUCUUGUUGUUGUCCAUGCAGAGGUGUUUGCUGGUUGUGAACCCUUGCUUGAUAAGACCCUUGGAAUUGUUGUGGAAGGCCUAAUCGACACAUUACUCAGCCUUUUCCAUGAACAUAAAGACACAGGUCUUAAGCUUUUGGAUGCAAAUGGUUACUGUCAGCUGAUGCUUGAGGUGGAGUACUUUGAGACGAUAUUAAAUCAGUAUUUUACGGGUGAUGCGACUGAAUCUCUCAAGUCAUUACAAGGAGUUCUAUUGGAGAAAGCAACAGAGAGUAAUUGCAGUGCUGAACCUAGUGGUGAUGAUGCAGCAGCAGAUGAGAAACAAACUGCAUCACCAGAUGAUCUCAUAGCCCUUGCCCAACAGUGUAGCAGUGAACUGCUACAAUCUGAGCUUGAGAGGACUCGGAUCAACACAGCAUGUUUCAUGGAGUCUUUUCCAUUAGAGUUUGCUCCGGAAUCAGUCAAAGUUGCUUAUGCUUCAUUUAGAGGCUCAAUGGAUGCUUCCAGUGGGGCUUUCAUGGCACAAGCUGCAGUUGGCUCAAGGCAAAGAUGGAGAUAGAAUAUUUUCUCAUUCUAUUAUUCUUUGCUUGAUCAUUUUCCUUUUCUCUCAUCGCUAGUAGCCGUAGGUAUUUCUUAGAAUAUAUGUAACAACGUUAAAAUCAAACAUAAUUUGUUCAUUCACAACGAACCAAAGCAAUGUAAAUCAAUUGUUUCAUUCAUUCAUAAUUUCAAUUUAUAUUUUUGAA